AUGGCUCUCCUCCGACUCCAAGAGCAGUGCUCGCUCCUCCGAAUCUCCAUCUCCCACCACCCAAAUCCUCUCGAUGCCCCAAGAAAUCCUCGCAAGAACCAACUUUUACUACCCAAUGCGGCCAAGAUUGCCAACGCCUCCGAAAUCCCGGUUCCUCGCACCCCCACUAGCGCUUCCAAGGCCGCAGUCCUGGCGCCGAAGGCGGCGCCUUGGCGGGACGCCCUUGUCCCCGUUACCGCCGCCCUCGCGUCCUGGCCGCUCCCUUCCCUUGCGGCGGAGGGCGACGGGAAAGUGAGCCUCGAGUCCAUCGUGAUGGCAAUCGACGACUUCAACAACCGCAACCCUUUCUUCGUGGCUGGGGUCGUGUUCGUGUGGCUAGUGGUGAUCCCGCUCGUGCAGGAGUACGUCUUCAAGAAGUACAAGCCCGUGAGCGCCAUCGAUGCGUUCCGCAAGCUGCGCGACGUGCCGGAGGCGCAGCUGCUGGACAUCAGGCGGGGCAAGAGCGUGCGGUUCAUGGCGCCGCCGAACCUGAAGCUUGUCGACAAGAGCACCGUGCAGGUGGAGUUCGACGAGGAGUACGAGAAGGGGUUUGUCAAGGAGGUGCUAGCGAGGUUUCCAGAACCGACGAACACCGUCGUCUGCGUCCUUGACAACUUUGAUGGUAAUUCUUUGAAAGUUGCUGAGCUACUGGUCGAGAAUGGUUUUAAGGAAUCCUAUGCGAUUAAAGGGGGCUUGAGAGGCCCAGAAGGGUGGCAGGCGGUUCAAGAAAAUUAUCUUCCCCCAUCUGUUCAUGUUUUCCCGAGGAAAAAGAAGGGUGCAAAGUUAGCUCACACAGAUGCAAGCAAUGAUGGAACAUAUGGUCAGCAGCAGGGAAGCGAGGAAUCAUCUGCUCCUCCAAGCAGGUUUGUAGUCAAUACAGGCGAUGAAUCCAAAGAUGUUUAUGAAAAUUCCAAUGGAAGUACAACUGCUGCAAAACAUGCAACUAGGAGACCAUUAUCCCCAUAUCCAAAUGUAUGA